UAUGCCUGUGAAUGCUUCCUCGAGUGGUAGGAAAGUCUCGUAUCGGCCGUACUGGACUGGACUUUAGUUUGCACAAGUACGCCUUAAGGCCUGCACACACGCGGCUAUUGACGAGACACGCGGGUGUGUAGUUGUUUGAGCUGAUAGCUAACAAAGGGCUUCGCCGCGUGGAAUCGUGAGCAGUCAACAUUUCGCGAGUCCGUUUUGCGCCCAGUCUUCUCGGAUGGCUGCCUCUUCUCUUUUGUCUUCGUUUUCGUCGUCGAUUUCGCGCUGCCGCUGAUCGACUUGUCGCAGCCCUGCCUGGUGCCGUUUUCUUGUUCUCUUUUCUCCGCGCGCGUCGUGAAAUGGGUUCCAGCGAGAUUCUCGGCGUGUUGUUUUUUGUAUCAAUCGCACGCCGCGGCCAUAUGCAUUCCGGUGCAGCAGUUCGAUCCCGGUGCUACUGGUGCACGUUGAUCGCUUAGCGGAGUCGUCGUUCCGUUCGUAUAGUCGAUGUUUUCGUUGAUGUUAGUUGUUUUUUAUCGUCCCGAAUCAAGUCCUGACGUGUGAGUCGAGUGUGGAAAUCGUGAGAAAAUUGAUUUUUUCGUUAAACUGAAAUAUCUUCUCGGGUCUGCUGUGUCGCGUGAAGAAUCCGUUGAUUGUUUUCCCAACACGUUUGUUGCAGAGUGGUGAAGACAUGCUGUCAUGACAUAGUGAGUGUGACGAUUUUGGAAGAUUCAAAGAAGAAAGACCAUUCUCCCCAGAACAACCCAUUAGUGAGAAGAAGAUUCUCAGAACGGUCUCAAAAUUGAUACCUCAAAUCCUCUUCGGCUGAGUGGUGGCUUUCGAGCAACAGCAGCAAUAUCCAGACAAGAAGAAACAAGUGGUGCUAGUGCCAAUCUCGGAAGAAUACUCGGUGAACAGAUAGGUGAUUUUCGGAACCGGCUGGCAACGGCCGCAAUGCUGCUCGGAACGCAAAAUCCGGCGGCAAUGGCUGCGGCGGCAGCGGCUGCUGCUGCCAUAGCUGCUUCGAAGGCGGGUGGAAAUACGGGUACCGGCACCGGUUCCGGUGGUGCGACGGAUUUUUCGAUAGCAGCCAUCAUGGCACGUGGAGCAGCUGCCGCGGCGGCAGCAGCAGUGUCUGUCAAUGCCAGAGCCAAUGGGGGAAGUGCCGGCGGUGGAAGCUCCAGUCGGGAGCCAUCGGAGAGGAGUAUAAGUCCGAUCUCGGUCGAUCGAUUCCCGGAAGGAGACGAUGACGUAGAUGUUGACGUGGAACAGUGUAGUGAUUCGGAAACACCUUCCCGUGCCUCCCACAGGGCUUCACAGUCUCGGGCAACGGGGACGCCUUCGGACGAGGAACGACUGACGCCGGAACCUGCCACGACCAAACACAAUAUCGUGGGCACCUGCAAUUCGGAUGAUCUACGUCCGGUGCAGUGCCAUCUGGAAACGAAAGAACUUUGGGAUAAGUUCCACGAUCUGGGAACGGAGAUGAUCAUCACCAAAACGGGACGACGAAUGUUCCCAACGGUUCGCGUGUCGUUUUCCGGUCCUCUUCGGCAGGUCACUCCGGCUGAUCGGUACGUGGUGCUGAUGGACAUUGUCCCGCUGGACAACCGCCGCUACCGGUAUGCGUACCACCGGUCGUCCUGGCUGGUGGCGGGAAAAGCGGAUCCUCCUCCACCGCCCCGGUUAUACGCCCACCCGGAUACGCCCCUGGGGGCAGAAGCUCUGCGGAAGCAGGUCAUCUCGUUCGAGAAGGUCAAACUGACCAACAACGAAAUGGACAAGAACGGACAAAUCGUCCUGAACUCGAUGCACCGAUACCAGCCGCGAAUUCACCUGGUCCGCUUGGGACCCGGGCAGCAGAUGCCCUCGAGCCCGAAAGACCUGCAGGAUGUCGACCACAAGUCGUACGUCUUCCCGGAGACGGUUUUCACGGCCGUCACUGCCUACCAGAAUCAGCUCAUCACCAAGCUCAAGAUCGAUUCCAAUCCGUUCGCCAAAGGAUUCCGGGACUCUUCUCGGCUGACGGAUUUCGACAGUUUUCCCAGCAUAGACCCCAUGGAGGCCCUCCUGCUCGAACAACACCUGCGGGCCCCACUUCGCCUUUUCCCCGACCCACUACUGGCCCAGUUCGCUGCCGGCCCUGGUCAGGAAAUGGACGGCGCUCACGUCGCCCUCCUGGAAAAAGCUCGCCAACAGCUCCAAAUGUGGGGUCGCUCCCCUUACAAUGAUCUCCUUCUGCCGCAGAUGUACCAACGACCUCCGCAAAUGAAUCUAGGAACAUUCUGGCAGGGUCAACCCUGGCCCCAACAGAUUCCCCCAGCCGCAUUCCUACAGAGCGCUGCAGCGGCCGCAGCAGCAUCCGUUUCGUCUGCCUCUACGCCACCCCCAAUGGGCCAGUCGACGGUAUCGACGCCAUCCUCCAGCUCCGGAUCUCCAUCGCCGUCGGAAAUGCGGGCCAAACAUUUCGGCCAGAGGUUCAGUCCCUACCAGAUACCGCCUCAGCAUAUACCCGGUCAAUCGCAUCCGCCACCGUCGUCGCCGCGGACUUCUCCGAAUUAAAGCGACAGAAAUUUGUUCAUGAAAUUUCACUUUUGACGAGUUCCACCCAGGAUGAGUCUAAAUCUCUUGAAAUCGUGUCCGAUAAUCUUUGAUGAAAGAUCAAAUUUUGCAAAUGUUUUAGGGAUGGUACCAUACCGAAAACAUGUGUAAAAUUUAGUAUGAAUCGUAGAUGAUCGAGUUCUGUGACUGACCGAUUUUCAAUGGAAUUCUUCUUUUCUGUUCACAUCCACAUGUAAAUAAGAUCAAGCCCGCUGUCGAUCGCUGUUAUUUAUUUAGUCCUAUUAUUUUUUAUCCAGUGUUGACCCAAAUCUCUGCCACCCGUGCUAAUUGGUGUUUCGAAGUUGUUAUUCAAUUUAUUGGAAGUGUAAUUUAUUUUUUAGUUCAUUUCACCUAGGCAACUGAUUGAUGGUACUAUUAACCUAUAGCAAUUAAGCGAAACGUGAUUGAAAAUCUCACAGAAGUUGUGAAGCAAAACACCCUACUGAUCGAAUUUUCUUGUACAUAGAUGAACGGGAAAUAAAUCAUAUACUGUGAGUUCAGUAAGA